GAAGUGAAUGUGCGACGUUGAGUGCUCCGUCUGUGCCGUCUGGACCGUCCACAAAGCAUCCAGCUAACGUUUUCGGUUCGAUUGUCCCUUGCUGUCGUUGCUGCUGCUACUGCCGUUGUGUGAAGAUAUUUGAGAAGGGCAAUCCAUCCACACCGAGUACGUUAGCUUCUUUUGGUACAAGUUGAUUUACUUUCUGUCGCAAAUCGCACGACACAAAACAAAAAGGUGUAUAACACGCAUGAAACCAUCAGCGAUAGUGUGAAAAAGUAUAAACCAGCGAAAAGGUCAUCCAAAGGCACGGAAAGCGAAAGCAGCUUCUCCGGUCAGCAGAAAGAAGUGAUUAUCCAGAGUGAAAAAGAGUUCCGCGGUGGAAAUUACUUGAUCAGCUUCAGAAGCGCCAGCCUUGUGUUUGUGUGUGCGUCGGUGAGUGUGUUUGUGCGCGCGUGUGUUUGCUUACAAAUUGCAUCUAUUGCAGUGGAGAAAGUGAAGCUGCUGUUGCUUGCAACGACGGUUAUUUCACUGCUGGUCGUUGGCCGUCGCAGAAAAGCAACAGCUAAUUUUGCAUGCCGCUCUAGCGAGAAGCACCGUUCGUCCAUUCGUCCUCCACGGUUGAUUUUCCGCGCUUCAGCCGGGCACUUUCAUAUCAUCCAGUUUUGGGAAAGGGAUCCAAGCAACACAGGGUUUGGAAACUUUCCAACAGCGCAACGCGGUUCAGCGACGGGAAGGGGGGAGCUAAAUCUGAGGCCACAUCAUUCAAAAAUUUAUCGGCUGUUACAGUGAAAACAAAAUUGAAGUAGAAAAAGUUUGAUAAAGCAAGUGGGUAAAAUAUUUUGUGUUAAAUUUGGUGAAAAAUCUCCAAGACCAGCAACAGGCGCUAGCACCAGUCAAGCAAAAUGCCGUUCAUUUCCAAGGAUUGGCGUUCGCCAGGCGACUCGUGGGUGAAAACCGAAGAAGGCUGGGAAAAGUUGAAGGUGCUCGAGUGUGUCAAAAGGAAAAGAUGCAUUUCAGAGUGUAGCAACGCAAGCGACACCGAAAACGAGGGUGAAAAUGGCGACAACGAAGUACCUCCGCACUGUCACAUCACGCUCAAGUGUACGCGUGAAAUCGCCGGCUUCAACGGGCUUGGGGAAGCGGUGCGCCGGCUGGACUUCCGCAGCUCGGUUCGCGAUGGACGCCGUUUUAACUACGUGUGUGCCCUGCUACGGCUGCUGGUGUCGGGUAAGGGGAUCACCAGUCUACCGGGCGGUGCCCAGCGGUUGCUGCUGCAGAUGCUAGAGGAGGUGGCCACGUACGUGAGCGACUCACAGCAGAACAUUAACGUACUGCGAGGGUUGGUCCAGCAGCUGCGCUCGCUGCUCAACCAGGAAAACCAAAAGUGCUGGGGCAAACCGCUCGGCAGCCAGAGCCUCUGGGCCGAGCACGUCCAAACGAUCCAACGCAUACAGGACAUAGCUAGUCAGAUCGAGAUAAGAGAGCCCGGUCCAAACAUUCGUCCAAAACUACACGACCUGCCGGAGGAGUGUGUGCGGGAGAUCAUCCUGCGAAUCACGGACUACAAGGAUCUGGAGGCGUCCGCCUCGGCCUGGUCGCUGAUGGCGGCCCUCAUCUCCGAGCAGCGCGUCUGGCGCGAGCUGUCCCACUUCCACUUUACCAAACAGCAAAUCGAUGUGAUACUGGAAAAGAUGUGUCUACAGGACACGAAGGAGCGUCACCGUAACUGGCAGGCGAUCUAUCACGCCUUGAGAAAGAUGUACGGAGUACGCGAGGAUCUGCAGUACGCGGAAAUUCUAGCCUUCUGCAGACUGUGCCGAUGCCUGUUCUGGCCGUCGGCGGGUCACCCGUGCAUAGUCGAUCAGUGUCCCGAUUUUCGCCAGCGCGUUCAAGAUGCCGGCAAUAGUAAUAGCAACGAAACGCAACCCGUGCCGCCGGCCAAGUUUUUGCAAUACUUUUCGUUGUAAAACUGUCACACGUAAUGCGGUCCGGUUUACCGCAACAACGGUUAGAGAGAGGAUAAGUUUCUCCCUGUUUCGUCUGCCUCCCUCUAGUACUAUUUUCGUGUGUUACUGUUUCCACUGAAGGUUUAAAUUAGGUGCGAUAGAAAUAGGGAGGACAUGCUGUGAAGGUAGAAACAAAUUGAAAGUAGGCUUUACAGUUGCCCGGUGCACCAGCCUUCGAGGGUCAGCAGCUAAUCCAGCGGAAAUGAACGGUUAGAGAAUGGACGCCCUUUUUAUAGUUCAGCCCCUUUUAUAUAUAUUGAUAUUUUUUAUUUUAAAAUACCUAACAAACGUAAGCAUUAUACGAACAAUAUUGUAGUUGAUCAGUACGAUCGAUCAGUUCGACGACAAAUCGUAGCCCGUAGCGUGUGCUUGUUGUCAAAGGUGUCAUUCAAAUACGGAUGUAAAUCAUCCUACUUGGUGGCCCACGUGAAACUAUUUAAACUACUCAUAACAGAACCGACAACAGACAGCUAAACCAAGAAGAACUGAUCAGUAAAUUGUGAGAUUAAAAGAAGAAUGCUUAGCGCAGUUGGAAGCAAACGCCGUACACGACCGACCGGAAGGGACACUAUUGAACGGAACCGGAAAUGGAAAGAGAAAAUGCUAUAUAUAUAUUCUUACAUUGAUACAUACCUAACCACAAACGCAAAGAGAGGGAUAUAUUUUCUAAAACGACUCAUGUACGUUUUAUCGAUCAACAUAUUUUCACAAGCUAAAAAAGAAAGGAGGUAGAAAAGAAUGAAAUAUAUUUAACCGUUACGAUAGUAGAACUAUUUAUAGUACGAAUAGCACCAGUUCAACCGAUUUGGGAAGCGUCCCGGUUUUUUGGCAAGUCAACAAAGGUGUGAGGGUUUGGAAGGGUUAUGGUAUCGGUUUGAUUUUCAACCGAAUGCCAUCCACCACGAGUCCAGCAGUAGAUUAUCGAUGGAUUAGUUUUGCUGAAGUAGAACGCACGUAACGAUAUCGGAUAAAGCUUCGGACAAUACGACGGCUCGUACAGGAAUUAGAGGGCACGAAUUUCUCUCUUUUUUGAAGCGACUCUUUCUAUACUGUUUACUAUUUAAAAAAGGUAAUCUAGCAGGCUAGGAUGCACAUCGAUGUGGUUACUUUAAGCGCGUUUACUUGAAAUUUUCGCAGAACUAUGCUAUUUAAUAAGCAACAUAUUUUCUCUGAUCUGAUUGUGAUAAAUGUAGUGUUCCGUUUGAAUAUGUGUUCCAUACCCGCUCCGGCGUCUACAGGUAUGAUCUUUA